CAAUUUAAAUACGUAAUGCAGGACAAAUUUCAAUCGUGCCAGAUACAUGCACAAACAAUUGUCUCCCUGUUAACGAUUGAAUUAAGAAACAUGGCUGCACUUGUUGUACAAUCUCGGUUUGCCGGACUUAAAAUUGAGGACGACGACUACCCUCCUACCGGGGAUGUUCAGAAAUCUAAGAAAGUGAAAGCUCCAAGUGCUGCGAAGAAGCCUGCUGAACCUCCUAAAAAAAAUAAAAGUGCUACUAAGACUCAGGCUGCUCCAAAAAAGAAGAAGCCCAAGCAAAAUGCUGCUACUUCUGAACAAUGGGAAACUUGGAAGCAGAAGGAUGAGGAACUUGUGGACGGCAACUUUGAGAGUGAACUACAACAGGCUAUACUUUUAUCAAAACUAGAUUACGAAGAGAAAAAAGAUGUUUACAAACAGACAAAGAAAGAAGCUGAAAAUGAGAAGAAAUUGAGUGAACAGAAUUCGCGCACCACAACAAAGAAACAAAAGAAGAAAAAUGUGAUGAGCCUUGAUCAGUUUAAUGAUAUGGUGAAUUCUGGUGAAGAAAAAGUCAACUUUGAAGAUGCAAUUGACACUUUUGAAGUUGAAAAAGCUGCUGAAAAGGAUACCGAGUUUUUUGAAAGAAUCAAAGAUGACACAAAACAAGAGCUUCUCAAAGACAAAAUCAUUGACAAAGUCCGACACCGUUUGGCAGUCUCAGAUGAGGUCAUAACUAGAGUUCAGUUUAUUGAUGCCCUUGAGCGGAAAGAUAAAGAGAUAUUAGCUUUACGAGAAGAAGUAAGUUCUAUUAAAAAGGAGCUUUUGACAGUAAAAUCAAGGAAUAAAAAAUUGUGUAAUAUACUUGGCCAGGGCGAAAUGAAAGACAAAGCCGAAGUAUUAAUGGAAGUUGAAAACUUGCGAACCAUGCAGUCGGAGCUAAAUGCCGAAUUGGCAGCUUUGCACACCGAACUCGAGAAAGAACGUUCAAAGAAUGCUCAGGACCCUCGAACUAAAGAUAAGAAGAAAAAAGGAGGCAAUGAUAAAGAAAAGUUGUGAGUUAUGAUAAAUGACAGCAUUCUACAUAGGUAGCGCGACAUCACGAUGAUUUAAUGCAAUUAGUUAUAUGUGGUAGGUAUCAUAAAGAGCGUUUAUUAAGUCCACCUAUUUUAUUACUCAUAUAAACUUAGAAAACAAUAUUUUGGUAAAAUACUCUUCUUUUAUAAGAUCUCUUAGUUUUAAACCUAGAUAUAUUUGUAGUUUAGUUUUAUUAUUCCUAUCGAAUUUAUGUUUAAAAAAUCUUAACAUUCAUGCUAUAAAAAUGAUAAACAGUGAAAAGAAAUCUGCCUCGUCUUUAAUGACUCAUCUGAACUACAGUUCCAAUGCCCCGAUUGCUCUAAUUUGUAAUGUCUCCAAUACAUUCGCAUUUCAUCUCUAGUCCACACUCCAGUCACUCUCCAUUUUUAUUCCAGCUGAUGUGCAAUUCGGUAUCGCGGUAAAGUUCACGCGCAAACAAAGACGAAACAACGGAUUUUAUCACUUUCCAUUAAAAGUCCGAACACCUUAUUUUUUCACUAAAACACAUCAAAUGUUCCUGAAGCGUUUGACUUGCGUUUGAAAAAAAGGUAGCUUUCUAUCAGCUUUUACAUAAAGACGCAGUAGCGUUUCGUUUACGUUACAACUUCGUUUGAACUAGCUGUCAAAGCGACACUGCGAUACGGAUUUGUGCAAACAGCUGAUUUUUGUUCGUCGUCCAGUUGCGUUGCAGUUGAAAAUAUUUAGCGCAAUCGGGACGCAAAUGUCUUUAAUUUGUAUAGAAAUAAAGUUGAAAAUGUCUGUCUUUGGCGACCCGUCAAAUAGGCCCACGUUUUGAGCCCGCUAUAAUAACUCGUGUCUAUUUUGGACUUCUAUUUUUUCCACCAAUGUUCACUCUAACAAUUAAAUGCAUUCUUUUAUAUCAUUUAAUUGCUUGAUAUAAAGAAAAAACACGUGAAUCAUAUAAUAUUUUAUUCCUCCUCUAUAUCACAUUAAAUCUAUCUUGAAAGCCAGUGUGCCUACUUGGUAGGUCUUCAAA